UUAUUCACAGUAAGGCCACCGUAUUACGUUGUAGGUGACGUCACGAGCAAAAACAAGGAUCAUCACAACAUGGAUGUAAUAUAACCACAAGCGAUUGUUGAAAAGCUAGCUCGCAUUUGCGUAAGCUAAGCAGUCGUUGCUCUUGGAAUCUAUUAACAGACGUGUAAAUAGAUCAUCAACACGUUAGGCUCGACUAUGAUUUAUAGAAUUCGUAGGAGCGUACGGGUUGUUGACGGUUUGAUGCCGUUAACGUUAGUUAGCAUAACGUUACGAAUGCUACCGUUAAGCUAAAGAGUCAUAUUAGCUGGCUAGGUGACAUUUCGAAUCAACAUGAAGGCAUUUCGUAAAUAGAUCGUUGGGCAUCGUUAGUCCAGCUUUUUAACGUUUAUAAUUUUAUAAAUAUCAAUGAGUUAAUGUAUUACUCAUUAUCUUAAACACCCACAACAACAAGUGGAUGUAUACUUGGAUAGACUGCUCUGCGUUAAUGGUGUAGCUACAACCUUAACAGCCUGUGGUAGCAUCUUACAAGACUAACGUUAAAUAUAAAGUCCUCUAAAGACACCGACAGUCUAUCAUGUCGGACCUGGAUACCCUCAUUGUAACUUUCCAGACCCAGCUCUUGGACGUGAUGGAGACUGUGGUGAAGACAGCCAUGUACGAGGUCACCAGGUUAGUGGAGGACGGCUUGUUGGAGGAGGUGCAGCGCAGGAACCGGGAGGUGGAGUCCCUGAGGAUGCAGCUGCAAUGGGCUGAGAGGAAAUUAAGUGACCGAGGGAGGAAAGAAGGAGGGAAAACUGGGAGGUGUGUCCACUGUGCCAGGGAUGAUGUGGAACUGUCCAGUCACACUGCAAAAGAAAGGCCCAAAGAACUACAGGAUGACAUUUUGGGGGGCUGUGGUGUGAAAGAAGAGGGUGACUAUGUGGAAAGGUGGACAAUAAGCCGUACGCAGGAAGUCGUACCAGAGUCAACACGGGCAGCAGACAAUGCUGCAUCCACUCUCAGCCCUGAGAGGAAAUCACAGACAACAGAAGACGAGGUGUUGCCAGCGGAUGUGGAUGGGAAGGAAGAAAAAGUGAAUAAGCUGUCUUGUUCUUUUGUGCAUUGCAGCGGUCCCCUUGAGAGUGAAGCAGGACCUGAAUCCCGCAGUGCUACUGAGAAGACUGAGGCACAACCAAAACAGACUCAGGAGAACAGUGAAGAAUUGAGGGUUGUUAUUAAGCAAGACCCACAGAUCUCUGCUGCAUAUGUCUUUCCUGAAGACCAGGGGGAAACAUACAUGACUACGGAUCCAUCUUUAGAGGUGGACAGCGGUUGGCCUCUAAUGCAAACCGAACACGAGCGGUCAAACUCUGUCACAGCAGCCGACGACGUUCCGGCCACCCCGGGGAGAGAUCAGAUUCCAUCCUCAGCGUCGCCGAAGGCAAGACCGCCAAACAGUGACGCGUCGGGCGUGACUGUCAAGCAGGAGGUUAUCGUUGAUUCUGGUGGGUGUGUGGAAAGCGAGCCUCAAGAAAAGAAAGCGGCAAAGUCUGGGAUGCCGUCUUUCUCAUGUUCAGUAAAACAGCGCAGAGUGAGUUCAGAAGCACUCAGGCAGAACCACGUUUCCCACAAAGCCACCGCGCAGGAGGUUAUGAAGCUGCAUUCCAAAGUGGGCACAGGUGUCAGACUGCAGGCCGCCAUGCAGCACCUCCACAGGCCGAUGAAAAAGCCCGCUCACACACACUCGGACAGUAGCGCCACGGCAACGUCCAUAGCUCUCUCUCAGGCUGUAAACUUAAAUCCCCUCAACAGAACGCCCUCCACAUCUAAAACCACUCCUCCUCCCCUUCCUCCUCCUCCUCCUCCCCUUCCUCCUCCUCCUCCUCCUCCUCCACACUCAGCCCAGCGAGUUCAACAAGCCGCAGCACAUAACCGAACUUGCGCCCCAUGGGUCAGCAUCAAGACCCAUCAGUCUGCGAACUCCCAAACCGCCAACCCCUCACCCCAUUCGGUCUCGCACCCUCACGCCAGCCCCAGGCACCUCCUGCGCUGUGGCCAGUGCGGGAAGUGCUUCCCCCACCCGAGCAACCUGAAGGCUCACCUGCAGACUCACACAGGCGAGAGGCCUUUCUGCUGCUCGCUCUGUGGCCGCAGCUUCACCAAGCUGAGCAACCUCAAGGCCCACCGGCGAGUCCACACCGGAGAGAGACCGUACUGCUGCUCGGCGUGCGGCAAACGCUUCACCCAGAAAUGUAACCUGAAACGCCACCAGAGGAUCCAUCUGGAUGUAUGACGAUGGACAGCCAGUGAUUUAAAAGACGAGUUUGGUGUGUUUCGUUUCUUUUAAGGCUACAUUUACAUCGCUGCGUUUUGGUUUUGAAGCGGCUUUUUUGAGCCAAAAGCGAUCUCCGUGCACACAAGUGUUUUUAGCUCCAGUAGAAGAACUAAUCUCCGUUUUAAACUAACACGCCCAAACCGCAUAUCUCAUCAGCAUUCUGGUAUACUGGGCAUGCACCGUGCCAGGGUAAACGGGAAGCAGAAUGUAUACUCCGCCUGUUGCUGGCAGUUGCCAUGGUAACGUGUGUAGCUCAGUCUCAGAGAACGAGACGUCAUGACCCAAUCAGGCGGCGAAACAUUGGCGUCAGUGUUGGUGUUGCCAAAGGUCUCCCUUUGCGGCCGUUUGCGACUGCAACACAACAUCGGAGAUUCCAAACCAAAACGGGGUCCGAAGUGUUUUCAAAUGUCUCCAGUUUAGGGGCUCAGAAGCGCCAGAGCAGUGCAAACGCGAGGUGUAAAGGUAUCAAAGGAUAUUUGUUUUUAAACCGAGCCGUAGCAAUGUCAACGUAGCCUUGGAGAUGAAGAUGCUACGGUGUUUCCUUUGCGAUGUUUGAGAUUGCAAAAAAUGCUCCUUGUGUUCUCGUCUGUUGAAGUGAUUGUCCCAAGUCCUCGUGUGCAUCCCAGAAAGGUUCAUCUAGUAACGUGUUGUAGUGUUAUUGAAGGACGAAAAACGGCGUGUUGUGAAUAACGCACAGAGAUAGGUCAGUUGUCACUAUGUUAAUAAAUACUUAUUCUGUGAAUACAAAA